ACAUUUUAUCUCAAACCGAGAGCCAAACUCACAAUAUGCUCAUAUAUUGUAUAAAAGUUGUAUUAUUUGUGUCAAAAUUAUGUGAUUUUUUUCAAGUUUUUGUUGUAGUGAAAUUUUAGUGUGAUUAGUUCCGGAAAAGUCCGCGUGAGCGCUAGUGUGCAUUUAUAUUUGGCGCUCCGUAACAGUUCUGAAAACCUCAGGUGUUUUAAUAAUAGAUAAACGUGUGAAAAGAGAUCCAUAUGUUUCACAUGUUUAAGUUUUUUUAGUCUAAGAGCUCACUGCAUUGUACAUGUGACAAAAUGGAGAAAUCAAGCCACAUCACCUCCUCGACGAUAUCCUUCAUCGAAUCGAGCGCGGAGGACGUCGCGGAGAAGAGUAAGCGGCGGUCCCUCUUCAAAAAUGGCUUCCUCAAAACUAAGAGUUGCAGCAGUGUUGGCUUGGACACGACAGAUCUUGAGCGUACUUAUCCCUAUGUCUGUCAAAAAAAUCUCCACAAAAAAGUGCAACAAAUUAUGACAAUGGACCUUUUGGCGAGACUGCGGAAAAGAGACAGAAAGACCGUAUACUCUGUGGUGUCCUGCAGUGACCUGACACCUGGGAGCUUAGAGGUUUGGGUGGACCUACCUGACGAGAUCAAGUAUGACCCCUCGUUGGCGCCAUUCAAGAAUCUUUACGAGCAACACCACGGAAAAUUGGAUAUCAAAAAUAUAUCCGAGGAAGAAGGAGACUUACUUGAGAAAAGGAUAGCUGAUCUGAGACCAGCAGACGAGAAGAUUGAGCGAAACCAUGACAAUAAUGAUGAUGGGAAUAGGUUAAGGCUAACGACAGAAGUAGACGAACAGAAAACAAAGUCUGGUAGGAAAAAACAGUUAUUGAAAUUUGCAAGGGUCGUGAAGUUAUCAGCGCUUGUUAUAGGAUGGAUUUUACUCACGCUAGCUCUUAUACUGAACACGGAGAAAUCGGACACCGUCCUGCACACUGCUGUGAAAACGGGAGAAAUCAAAGAGUACAAGCUGCCAGUAACAAGUCAUAAGGCCCAAGCCCUUAUAACAAUCACAGGGCCGUUCCGAGACAUCCCUGGCAAUGACAGCAGUAAUGUAUUAAUGCUAUGGCUACAUAGAACUUUUGAUGACGGUGGGCUGGUUUUACAACAGAAUUCAUCAAUAUGGACAGUACAUUUGCAACCGGACGAAAAACUGGACUUCUCCAAAAGCAUAGCUGAAACAAACACACUGUAUGUAGACAGUAGAAACUCUGAAGAGGUGCGCACGAGUGUGAACACGUCCGACAGUUUUCAAAAUGAUACGACAGUGACCCUCUGCAUACAGUCCACAAGUUACAACACAGUUCCUCUCACAGUAAACUACCAAAUGAACCCUAUCGGGGAGACUGAAGGCCUGAUCUACGCUUCUUUCCUGCUGGUAUCAUUAUACCUGCUCAUCAUUUUUGAAAUAGUAAACAGAACGAUUGCUGCCCUUCUGUCUUCAACGCUCGGCAUAGCAGUCCUAGCCGUCUGCGGCGCGAGACCAUCGCUACCAGAGCUGGUCUCCUGGCUGGAUGUGGAGACACUGUUACUGCUCUUCAGCAUGAUGCUGCUCGUGGCUAUUAUGGCGGAGACCGGUCUAUUUGAUUAUUUGGCUGUCAUGGCGUUUGAGGUGACAGGUGGCAGAACUUGGCCCCUCAUCAACUGCCUUUGCCUAUUUACUGCUGUGUUUUCGACUUUCCUUGACAAUGUCACUACCGUGCUUCUUAUGACACCGGUUACAAUAAGGUUGUGUGAAGUGAUGCAGCUCAAUCCAGUGCCCAUACUGAUGUGUAUGGUGAUUUUUAGCAACGUGGGGGGCGCCGCUACCCCCGUGGGCGACCCCCCUAACGUGAUAAUAGCCAGCCAUCCUGCCAUACUGCGAGAGAAUAUAAACUUCGCCACAUUCACAGCUCACAUGGGCCUGGGUAUAUUGCUGGUGUCCGUGCAGACGUAUCUACAUCUCCGGUUUAUAUUUCGAGACAUGAACAAGCUGAGACAUAGCGUGCCUAUAGAUAUACAAGAACUUCGACAAGAGAUAGCGGUGUGGAGAAGAGCGGCCGCGUCAUUAUCUUCUUAUUCAAGAGACGAAGAUCUCGUUCGCAGAGCCUUGGAGAAGAAGGUGGACAGACUUAGCGCAACCCUGACGAAACGAGAGGCAGGUGGAGGCACUUCAAAAUCAGACCCUAGGUUUUGUACUACCCUGGCGCAUAUGAAAGAAAAGUACCGCAUCAGGGAUAAACAAUUGCUAAUAAAAGCUGCAAUAAGCGUGACAUUUGUGGUCAUCGUGUUCUUCUUGCACGCCUUCCCUGAGCUACAGCGGCUAUCUCUAGGUUGGACAGCAUUGCUUGGUGCGUUACUUCUCCUUCUAUUGGCUGAGAAAGAUGACCUGGAGCCAGUAUUGGCCAGGGUGGAGUGGUCCACGUUGUUAUUCUUUGCCGCUCUCUUCGUGUUAAUGGAGGUGCUCUCUAAAUUGGGAUUGAUAUCAUGGAUCGGGAAAAUAACAGAAUCCCUCAUCUUGCAAGUCGGUGAAGAAUCGCAACUGGCCGUUGCUGUUGUUCUCAUGUUAUGGGUGUCCGGUCUGACCUCAGCAUUCGUGGACAACAUCCCCCUCACGACAAUGAUGAUCAGGGUGACUGUGGCCUUAGCUGACCCCGGUGGGCUGGGCUUGCCACUAGCUCCGUUAGCUUGGGCGUUGAGUUUCGGAGCUUGUCUUGGAGGUAACGGCACAUUAAUCGGCGCAAGCGCAAACGUGGUCUGCGCAGGAGUCGCCGAGCAACACGGCUACCGGUUCACCUUCAUGCAGUUUUUGAAGAUAGGCUUCCCAGUCAUGAUGGGGAACCUUAUAGUCGCUACAGGAUAUCUGCUGUUUUGUCAUUGUGUCUUAAAGUGGCAUUGAGGGAUGCACAGGAGUAGCACAGGAGUAGGGAAUCUGAACAGAGGCUAGGUUCGUACAACUACGUUUUGGUAGGUAAGUACACUACUACAAGCACGCAGCGUAUGUGCGCGUGUCUACUAGCCGCCCGUCGCAUCCAUGUCGCAACUGGAUAAAACCGGAUUGCGCGCGCUCCGCCAGUAAAAAACAGUCCGCAAAAAUCCGCCAAAAAUUGACUUUUUUAAUUAUUUUUAGUGGAAUAAAAUGUCUUUUAUUUAAAUCUCCUUAGCCAAACUAAAAUAGGUAACAAUUUCAGACGCUCAUUAGUAAGCUUAGCCUGUGUUCUGAUUCUCCACUCCUGUGAUAAGAGUGUAAAUGUGUGUUUUUUUCUAUAUGGAGUGUUAUUAAAAUACCUAUACAAUGCCUAUACACAUACGAAGUAGUAAGACACGAUACCUUGGGUAGAUGCUUUAUGGGAAGUUUCGCACACUAGCGCCACCACCACAUUUUAUCAAGUUCUCUUAUUUCUUAACGAAAAAUUAAAAAAUAUUUUGGCUGAUUCUGCCAUACUUAUGGAUUUAGUAAGUAGUUACGGAGUACUUACUAAUUCCAUGAGUUUUCUAUAAUGCAAUGAUAUUUUUCCUUCCUUCUUCUUCUUUUUCUCAUCCUUUUUCUAUUUUAGUCAACUGUGACUACAAUUGUGUAAUGUAAAACUUUCUAAUAAAAUUUUUCUUUGUCUAGUGUGGCUGAAUACGUUGAAAUAUAUUUUUUUUAAUUUUUCGUUAAGAAAUAAAAAAAAUUGAUAAAAAAAGAUGGUGCCGCAAAUGUUAAAAGCGCCUUCUGCACUUCUCGAUUUGAACAUAAGUAGUUUAUUAUAUUACGAGAGAGAUUACCUAUAAUCUAUCGGUUUUACAAUUUUACGAUGCCACAUCCAGUUUGAAAUUUACUUUAUGGAAUAAGUGUUGCUGUGAUUCUAUUUAUUCUGUGGUAGGAGAUAAAAAUACAUAAUUAAGUUAAAAUAAUGUAUGUAUGUACAAAAAGACAAGACGCAUUUAUGAAAAUGUAAGUAUUUAGAAAUAUAAAAAGAAAUAUGUAAUUUAGAAAUAUAUAUCGAAAAUUGUGAUUGCAAAAAAAGUGUUAAAAAUUUAGGUAAAUAAUACUAUGAAUGAAAAUAAAAGUGUCGACAGAAUAAAUAAAUGUAUUUUCCGACAAUAUGUAGGUACUUAAAUUGAGUUUUUGGGAUUUUCGUGGCAAGAGUGAAUAGGCAUUUUAUGAACUUGCGUGUAACACCCAUGGAUUUAAUAAGUACUUCGUACGAGUACCUACUAAUUCCAUGGUAACACCAUACAACUCAUCAUUGCUUACAAACUAAUUGUAAAGCCGAUUUUUUUUUAAAGUUUCUAUGAAAAUCGCGUUUCUUUCAAAUUCACGAGGGCAAAAGCUAGUUGAUUAUAAAAGUGUAAAUAGGUAUUCAAUAAAUUUGUUAUAAUUAUCCAAAACUAUCUUUGGACUCAAAUUUCUAGUUUGUAUGAAAAUGCAAAUAUUGAUUUAUUUAACAACAUUUUAUACUUCUAUCAUGAAUUAACUUAGUGAAAAUUAUUAGUUUGUACUGAAUUUUACAAUUUACAUACAUUUGCGGCACCGGAUAACUAAUGUUAUUCAGUGAAUUGAAUAUAUUGCUGAGUGAUUACCUAUAUGUAAAUUUUUCUAUUAUUCAUAUAUAAAUUCAUUUACCUAUUUGCCAAUAAAGUUCAGACAGUUGCAAAAAAUAUGUACCUAUGUCUAGAUAAAAGAAUUUUAUAUAUUUAUUUAAUAUUUUAUUUUAAAAUAGAAAUGUUUAAGAGUAUUGUGAUAAUUCAUAGACUGCAAUUGCUGCUGGAUCAUUAUACGAAUAUUAAGUCUAUUUAAAAACAUAAUCUAUUAUUAUAAAAAGGUAAGCGUUUGUGAGAUUGCAUGUUUGAAGCGGGUAAUCUCCGAAACAAUUCUUUCAAUAUUGGAAAGGUACAUUAUCCAAGACUGGAUAGGCUAUGUUUUAUCUCAAAAUUCCCACGGGAGCGAAGCAUCAUGAAAAACUAAUAUUUUGAAACAAGUUUUAUGAAGUCAUCAGCAUAAACACAAUAAUUAGGGUAGCUGUCGAACAAACAGCUUGUUUCGCUAAGAUAUUUCUCAAUCGUGACAUCACGUUAGAGUAUCUUUUAAUAUAAUUACUUAUGGAAUGUUCGGACGAGUCUAAAAAAGUGUGUGAUAUAUUUUUGUCAUAUCUUCGAAAGUACCUAUUGUAAUUUUUUUUCUCUGGUGUUUCUAAUAAUCCUAUAUUAUCGCCUUCGAAUAGUCGUCAAAAUAAAAAAUUGUCCUCUACCCAAUUAUAUUUCCUGGAUAAUUUCCUUAUUUUUUUUUAAUAUAAAGUUUAGUAGAAAUAUAUACAUAUAUAUACUAUAGGUACAUAUGAAUAUGUAUACCUUAGAAAAAAUAGCCAAUGUAGUUUAGCAAUUUUUUUAAAUAAUAAGUAUUCAAUAUCAGUAUUUAUAUAAUAAAAAAUCUAAGUAUUUUAAAAAGACUACAAACAUUGUAUCUAGUUUCAUAUAGUCAGGUAUAAAAAAAAUGUUUUUAUGACACAAUUUGUUAAUUUUGUGAUUUAUUAUUAUAAAUAGAUAUUUACCGUUU